UUUUAUUAUGUUCCCUAUCUAGUGCUGAUAGCCGGCAAUGUAAUUUUGAUUAAAUUUUGGUGCGCUAAAUAAACAAUAGCUGUAGUUCUACCUGAACAUUUUAUUUGCAUUAGAGAAAUUAUCCGGAGAGUCAUUCCCUAAUGCUUAAUACCUGUUUCCUUGCCUUCGCAUAUGUAUACCAAAGCUUGUCGGGAUACUGCUGGAAUGUGUACCUGGCCAAAUAAGUUUUCUAGUGUACACACGUAAAUUUUGAUCAAAUUUUAUUCGAGUGCUAUUACAGUAUUUCUUGUAGACGAAUAAAAUCUAUUCUGUAAUAAAUCGAUAGUCUAUUAAACUGGUUGUAUGGGAAAUAACAGCCAAAAUGUAAUAUUCCAUUUAAAGAUAGGCGCAAAUCUAACUAUUUAUAUGCCUGUGGUCACACAGUGUAUUGUGUUGUUGGUCUCAGAGAGGGGCGGGAGCAUAAAAGAAGUUACAAGGGAGAAUCUUCUAAGGGAAUGAACUACAAAUAUUUUAUAAACUGACAUGGUGAUUUAAAUAAUGUGGCCAAACAAGGAAAUUAUAUAGUUAAAAGUUAAACAGCAUAUUGACAUGUCUGCAGCACACAUAAACACGGAAUUUAGUGGGUUCAAUAGAGUGAGUUCAAAUUCUACAUCCAGUUCCAUCUCAUCAUUUAAUUUCUUAUCGGCUUCCGUGUCAUCGAGCUCCUCCUCAUUGGGCGAAAGUAUUAUUACCCCGGGCGAAAGUAUUGCACCGCGCGAAAGUGUCAGCAGCUGUUCAUUGACCACCAAAUUUGUUCCCCUUAAAAAAAAGGACAAGAGUGCUAUUGAAAUGUCAGCACAAGUGACACCAAAAAUCUUGACCAAUAUUAAUCCGAAGGAGUCAAUUCACAAGUCGAACACCGUACAUCAACUCGAAAUGAUUGAACAACCAAAAGUGAAUGCGGCGUCUUUACCUCUAUCCGACGAUCCGCGAACAUUGCAACUGGCGUUGGAACUAUCUUUGGUCGGAUUUAAUGACAAUCAAACUUGUUAUGCGCAACCUGCUCAAGCCCCACCAUUAUCUUUAAUCGCACAAAGUCACUUCGAGAUAGGCGCUAUUAACGGAGUGCCCGCGUUCUCCAAAACAGAUAACACCCUGCCACCUCCAUCGGCAUCGAGUUGCCUUUUAUUACCCGUUGCCGGGACCGUCAGCUUAGAAGAUCGAUCAAAAAAGUCGCAAAACAUGACCGAAUGUGUUCCAGUCCCCAGUUCAGAACAUGUUGCCGAAAUAGUCGGUAGACAGGGUUGCAAGAUCAAAGCUUUGAGAGCCAAAACCAACACUUAUAUUAAAACACCAGUUCGAGGAGAGGAACCGGUAUUCGUAGUGACUGGUCGAAAGGAAGAUGUAAACAAGGCCAAACGGGAAAUACUGUCCGCUGCUGACCACUUUAGCUUAAUACGUGCAUCACGCAAGCCAAUAGGCGACGGUCAGAGUAGCGGCAUAGUAGGAAUUGCAAGUUGUUCUGGAGGUGGUGCAGUUCCCCGCAUGCAGUCCGGUCCUCCAUGUAUGCCUGGACAGGUAACCAUACAGGUACGUGUACCCUAUCGGGUAGUUGGACUUGUUGUUGGGCCCAAAGGUGCUACGAUUAAACACAUUCAACAAGAAACUCAAACCUACAUUGUGACACCUUCGCGCGAAAAGGAACCAAUUUUUGAAGUUUCUGGCUUGCCCGAAAACGUAGAUACUGCACGAAAGCAGAUAGAAGCUCACAUUGCCCUUCGAACUGGGGCUGGAUCUGGAAAUGGUGACGCCAAUACUAUGCAAGGUAGUGAAUCGGUUGAGACGAAUGAGUUCGCGCCCCUCCCUACAAUAAAUUCAUUAACCCAAAUACUAAAUGAUGAUUUAAACUCAGAAAUUUUGUCGUCUAUAUACAAAAAUGGAAUUCCAUCUGCACAAGAUUAUGCAAAUAAUUCAAUAAAGAUAGCUGGAAAUGGUAGCAAUCCAGUAAAGCCCAUGCAAGGGCAUCAUACUGGCAACUAUUUUCCAAAAACCGAAUUCUCUGACAUGGAAAUGGUAGGAACUUUAACACCAACAGGAAUAUCCGAUAAACACCUUCCCGGAAAUGAAGUUUCCAUGCCCUUGGCAAAAGCUAAUGUUGUAUUUCGUAAUACAUCUAGUAAAGCAUUAACCUUCUGUCCUCCCACAUCAACAUCCGCAUCGAUUCAUUCCAACUCUAAUGCAAAUAUUUUAACAAGAUCUUGUUCAUCUGCUUCCUCAACAACUUCAACAAAAAGUACCAGUAAUAGCGCCAACACACCUCCAGAAAUAUUGAAUAUAUGGAAAAAUAUAAGUGAUUCAAUUGACGUGGAUGAGGGUAUUGGGGAUUCGCCUAGUAUUUGGAAUCAACCUGCAAAUAUUAUACCCACUGCUCACUGCUCCCCCACAAUCUCAAUUAGUCCCACGGACUCGGUCUUAGGCCUGGGCGAACAUUCUACAAAUCAAAAAAAUCUGCACCACACAAAAGAACCGACUAUAUGUAACAACCAGCAAAAACCACAAGCCAUUCAAUUGCAAUCCAACCCGGACAAAUAUUUGAUUCAUCGCGAAUGUUUUGUUUGUAAUGAAAAUAAUGUUACCACAGCUUUGGUCCCAUGUGGUCAUAAUAUGUUUUGCAUGGAGUGCGCAAAUCAAAUAUGCAUUUCUAUGGAAGCAGUUUGCCCGGUUUGCCAUUCUAUUGUUUACCAUGCAAUGCGCAUUUUAGGAUAAUUCUAAUUUUAUUACUUUUGUAAGUCAUUGAUUAUGUUUAACAAAUUUUAAUUCGUUGGUUUUGUAGUUUGUUAAUAUUUUUUGUUUGUCGCUUUCGUGAAGUGCUUUAAAAUGUAGCUAUAUUUUAGUUUCUUCAAAAUGGUUUGACCUGAAAUAUUUUUAUUUUACACUGGUUUUUUACGGUGCAGCGGCUGCAUGUGCAGCAUUCUAGCCAUUUGGUCUUCGAGUCUGUAAGUCUUAACCGCUGCAUCGUUUAAAAUUAAAUCAGCUUUAUAUUUAUAUUAUAGCUCAAACAAAAAUUUGAUUAAAUUAGGAAACUAAUUGUGUACUAAGAUUUGUUAAGUUAAAAAUCGUUUUGACUCUAUUUGAGGUAUUGACUUCUUGAUAUUAUGAACGUUUAUUUUUGCUACUUCUACAGUUAAACUUAAAAAUUUUUGGUUUAAUUUGUGUUGAAAAAUAUACCUAAUUAUAGUUAAUUUCUUCUGCCGCCGGCAUUUAAAAAUUGGUCGGUCGACUAGUAGAAGAGAUUUAAUUUUGAUAUAAUUUUUAACAAUGGGGUUGACAAAAAGUAUUUCUAGUCAAAACAUAAAAAUUCAGCUUAUGACACCCAAUAGUUGUGCGUGAGGACAAGAACAAAUGUAAUGGUAUUUGUUUUAACAACAAAAUAUUAUGUUUGGGCUGCGGUCAAGGAUUGCUAAACUAAGUUUUAUCGAGUUUUCAAUUGAUAUACAUGACAGCAUCUUUAAAAUGAUAACUUACUCGAAAAAGCAUUUUACCAAAAAAAAGGUGAUGAAAGUUUCAACAGUGUUUCUUAUGUUAAAUGUGUCAAUUAAAAUGCGCAUAUAUUCUUCUCUGCUCCAGUUAAAAAGCACAUCAAACACGUUCCUAUAAAAAACCCAUGUGACAUAUUAUUUCCUAGCAGAGAGUAUUUUAAUUUUGGUAUAACGCAGUGUAGAAGACAAUUCCGUCAGUUUGUAUGCUUAAUACCGUUUGCGGGCUCAUUUUAAAAGUCUUUAAAAUAUCGUUUUUUUUUGUCUACACUGAUAAUGUUAAAAACCUUUGCUGAUCAGACAGUACCCUAUUGAUUCCCUAGGAACGAUAUAUUUUAUUAAUUUGUUUGUUUUUCGAACAAGUUAUAUUGUAUAAUGCUGUAGGAGAGGUAGCACACACCUACUUUUUUCAGAAAAGGGCUUUCUUGGCCGUAAUUUUGGAUUGCUUAUUAUUUUAAAUGGGUUUCAAUAAAAAGGUACUUAAAAUGCAAAUGGAAGAAUGGAAUGUCUUUUGUUUGUGCUUUUAGAUUUCUUAAAAAAUUUGUACAACUUUCUUAUAGCUAAAGGACAUAAAGGAUGCAUAGCUUUGCAUAGAGUUUAUAAUCUUUUAGCAUAAUUAUAAAAAAAAUGCAUAUAGAAAAUGUUCAAAAUGUUGUCCCCAAAGGAACCUACAGAUAGAUUUCAUUUUUUUUUUAUUUGACAAGGUUAUUUUGUUAAAAAGGCUAUCUUUAUGGAACUUUUAUUAGGAGCAGUUCAGUUAAACCACUUUAGGCCUGCAUCCUGAGUUUUUCCCAAAUCAGAUGACUAUGUCCUAAGUCUGCCAUACUGACCGUACAGUUCUACAUAUUUAGCUUGCUAUUUCUUUCGUUCUUGUAUUUUUUAAAACUCAAAUUAAAUUUCAUCAGUUAUAUUUAUUUUGUAAUAGUAAUGACGUCCUAAAAGUCUUGAAACAAUUUGCUAAAAAUUGGAAUCCACAAUCAAUAACUCAAAAGUCAUAAAAAGUAAAAAGUCUUAAAAUUUGUGUACCCUUGUAAAGGGAAUUAAAAUUUUGCUAAGAAAUCUCAAGAGUUUUUAGUUUCGUAAAUUUUGUUCGGUCUUGUCGGUUGAAAUUCCACUAAGCAACAACCUGCUAAAAAAUAAAGUUAUGCUGGUUGUUUUAUGUAUAAUUUUGCAAAAGAGUUUAAUAUAUAUCCUUAUCUAAAACUAUACGAUUUUAUCGACACUUGGUUUGCCUUUUUUUUUUGUUUACAAACAAAGGCCUUAAACGGUUACUCGACAAAAUAAUGACGGCAGAGUUCAAACACUUAAUUCAAUUCAAACAGCUACAUUUUUCGACUAUUUUACAAAUUUACUGUUAUUAUUUAGAAGUGAAGGAAAGAAAAUGUAAUUACCGUAUUCUUUAUAUUCGUAUUUGGUUUGAUAUUUGUAAAGAAAAUUGUACAUCAGAUAUGAAUAAAGCUACAGAAAACAGUUUGGUUUUAUGUUUUCAUAUAUCUUUAAUUUAAAACUAAAACGUAUUUUUUUGCUGAUUGUAGGUUAAAAUGUUUCUCAUUAGUUAAGGCACAGAAAAAAAUUAUGCUUUAGAUUUUCAUAUAUCUAAAAUUUAAAAAAGUAGUUUUUGUCCAUUACCCAUUUAAUGAAUAUUUUUAAAUCUCAUUUUUGAAAUUUAAAAGUACUAUUCUUAUUUCUUUUUAAUUGAAGUCUUUGAUUUUUUUUUCGUUUAUUUUUUUUCGAAAUUAUACCGAUAUUCAAAACAUAGAUUCACAAACUAUAGAUCGAAUAAUGCUGCGCAUAUUCGCUAACCCUUUUUAAAAAAAAAUUUCAGAUUUUGUAGACCACAAAACAAAAAGAACCUAAAAUUCAAUGUUUAUUAAUUAUUAUUUGUUUUUUAACCCACUACUCAUAGAGUUAGAGGAUAUAUUGUAUUCUUUGAAAAGUACGUAACAGAAAGAAGGAAGCGUUUCAGACCCCAUUAAGUAUACAUUAAUAAACGAGUCGGUCUGACCAUACCCAUCUGUCUGUCCGUAUAUAAACUUCGGCACCACUCUUUUAAAAUCUCCGGACAAGAGAAGCGAGAUUUGUAACCAGUUUAAGGUCGAUUUCAUGUCACCUCCAAUUUGAAUUCAGUUCUUUGUGGCAGAUUUACCAGUUUUUCAAAAAGUUAUUCCGAAUGAAUGGCAAUAACAAUUUUGUAAAUUUUAAAAAUAAUACUAAAAUUAUAAAAUAAAUAAAAUUAAAAAU